CUUGCGAGUCAACCAACUCUUCCGUGUAUGUUAGACUACUAUUCAUCCCGGGCUGCGCGAAAUACCUCUUUUCGUUCUCGCCAUCGGAUCCAUUUUGCCCCGUGUGCGUAUCAGCGACGACCAUGGCCGAGGACAACCAAGAGAAGCAGUUCAUGCCGUUGAUGCGGGACCAUGAUUCCGAUGCCGACACGUUGGACGAGUUCACCUGCCAGAAAUGCAGACACGCCGGCCGCCAGCAGACUAUCUGGCCUGCGGUCGGCGUCAAGGCCAUCCUCAUCGCCCUGUUGGCCGUCGCCGUCGUGAUGACCGGGCUCGGUAUCGUGGCCUUUGCCGUCGUAUACCAAAACAGCAACAACUGCGACCACCGCGAGCAUGAGUCGAGCACCCUCAACUUGCCGACGGAUUCUCUUUUCGGAGAUAUCCCGUGGCGAAGGGUGAUUAUGGAAAAGGAUCCCCGAUACCAUGAUCCCACCCUUUCUGCGACCGACCAAGGCAAUAUGGAAAGACUAAACGACACUUUUGUCUGGAGCGACAUCCUGCCGACAACCAUGAUUGCCGUUCCCGAUCCGUCCAUCUAUGGUUUAAGCGGCGGCGGUAAGGUAUGGGAAAAUCCGGCGGACUUUGACGAUAAGACUGAGGCAUGGACCGUCUCCGUCAUGCAUCAGCUUCACUGCUUGGCCGAUUUCAAGAAAAACUUCAACAAUCUGAGGAGCGGCGGCGCCCUCAACGACGGACAGUACGCGCACCUCACGCACUGCGUCGAGAUUGUGCGCCGCAACGUCAUGUGCAAGGCCGAGCUCGCUCUCGAGCGUCCCAACGACCCUCACAUCUGGCCGGUCCAGCACGUCUCGGGCUGGGGCAACGCGCACGUGUGUAGAGAUUGGGAUCAGGUCAUGGCUGCCAUCAAGAAGUACGCCAUCACCCGCGGCGAGAAUGGAUGGCGAAGGAUCCGGGACGAUGACCCGAAAUUGAUUAUUUGAAAAAGUCCAAGUCGCCUACUGCCAGAGGCAGAGUUGCGAAAGAUUGACUAUUGUUGAUUCUCUAUUUCCUGGACGUAUAGUGCUUAUUACAUAACUACUAUAUAGGCAGGAUGUACAUAAUCUCUCCCCUGUGGGUUCAUAGCUAGUGGAGCAAGUUUUCCUCAAUCAAAUAGGUUAGAACUUUCA